CUUCUUGCUAAAAACAGGUUUUGAGUAUUCUAACACGAAAGAUUUAAAAUGAGCACCAUCACCUCUUCCGCUGGUAAAGCUGAAAGUGUGACUGUGAGGAGAACUGAGUGGUCAGAUGCUGAAGAAAUCAAUAAUCUGAUCAGUCCUGCAGCUGUUGCUGUGUUUGGGAGAAUCAAUGUCAUUCAUCUUCUUGAGAAAGCAAAUUUAGCCGUGACCCUGAGCACCGCUACGAAUGAAGUUUUGGCCCAUGCAUCUUUCUCAGACCACCCCACAGAAGAGCUGGUGGAUCAGGCAUGCUGGACGAAUUUACUUCAGAAUCACGUCAAUGGCUUGAAAUUCACUCCCAUGAACACUCUUUUCCUGCAUUUAUUUGUGGCUCAGCCUGGCUUCUCCAUAGGGGGCGCUAAAGAGAUAAUGAGAACAGUUUUCAAUGCCGUUGUGGAGCUGGAAUACAUCUGCCUCCUGACUCCCUACAGAGGCUCACUUGAGGCAGCACUGGAGAAGAUCUUUGAACCUGUGAUGCCUGUUAAGGAGGAGGUUCAGUAUUCGGCCUACGUUUGUCAACGACACAAUUACUGCCCUCGACGUCGCAUCCGCAGAGCCAGAGUGGAAGAUCACGAUGACCUCAUGCACAUAUUUGCAGAGCAGAUCACGCCACUGGUGGAGUCCCACGGGCCGUACUUCCUGUCUGAGCUCAUCGAGGCUCAAGACGAGGAGAACCAUGCAGCUGUCUGUGAAAGUGAAGGAGCUGUCGUUGGUUUUGUCAGUGUGAGCGGUCACAUGGAUUUGAAGCUAUUCAAUAAGUGGUUUGAACUUGAAGAAUUUGAAGGAUUGAGAAAGACAAAUCCAGCUCAUCAAGAGGAAAAACCAGAGGAACCACAAUCGCUGGGGGAGGAAACCAAUGUCACUGAUGCCCAGCAAUCUGAUGAAGCCAAAGAACCUGUGGAAGGUGAACUGGCAGCAGAGCAGGAGAGUGGAGAUGAGCCUACUGACAUAUCUCAGCCAAAUUCAUGCAUCAAAGACACUGUGGACUCAGGUGAGGACUCUGAACCAGACGGGCCACCUAAUGCAUUCUGCAUCCAGCUCUUCACUAUGGAAAAGAAAUUUGAAAUGAGAUCAGCAGAUUUCCUGCCGUACCUGUUUAAACUGUUCCCGGAUCGGGAUUUCUGUGUGAUCUCUGUACCUAAACUGACUCCAGAGUUCCCGCUGCUGCAGUCCUUCAUCAGAGUCGCCCCUCGGGACACCAGCACCUGCUCGCAGGAACUCUACCUGUGUCACCGGUGGGGAUUGACCAGGAUAUUGGAGGUGCGAGUGGCGGUGUCGUCUGAUAUCCCAGCAGUCCAGAGUUUGACUGAGAGUCUCGGCCAGCGGGAGUCCAUCAGUGAAGAUCUGGAUCUGUUCCUACAGGCCCGAAAAGACCAGGAUGGAACUGCUCUUCAGGCUUUUGUGGCGCAGGUCGAGGGGCGAGUUGUUGGUUUGAUAAUCAUUAGAGAUGAAGAGGACAUUGAGUUCAUCAGAGCCAACUUUGACGUCGAGAGGUUCAUGUACUUCAGCCAUCACCAGCGAGAGGAACACGGUCGACUGUGUCACUUUUUCCUCAACCCCAUUUUCCAGCAUCACACCAAAUAUAUCUUUAGGGAGGUGCUGCGCUUGGCACACAAGUCCUGCCUCUAUUUCCUCCUUCAUCCACCCCAUUACAGCCAUAAGGAUGUCAGUCUUCACUCUCUGGCAGCGGUGUUGAACUUUAUGGUGCCGGUGAGCCCGAGACGACAGAUCAUCUACCCGCUGGAGGAGCUGGGCAUCAACGCACCAUCCCAGCAGAUCACCAAACAUCAGGCUCCUUUUGCCCUGUACCACACUAACAGAAAACUCACCAUGGAGCCGAAGGUCACCAUCAAUGCCAGAAUCGUGGUAGUGGGAGCAUCUGACAUGGGUUUAGCUUUUCUUGAAGCACUGACAUUCUGUCCUCAUCUCAAAUUCAACAAUCUCACUCUCAUCUCCACUCACGGCCUUCCAGAUCACUGCUCUGAUGACAACAUGAGAUUUCUGGCUACAAGUCACUGCUACAGCGAUCAGGAUCAAGCCCGGCUGUCUCUGCGCUCCUGGAUCAGCGUGGUGACGGGUAAGAUGAAGGCCAUCGACCGCGAGGCCAAACACGUGGAGCUGAUGGAGAAUGGUAAAGUGAAGUAUGACUAUCUGAUCCUCUGCACCGGCCUGCAGUAUCAGAUGCCCAGUCUCACCAGUACUGAUGCCAUAACCCAAAAAACCAACAGUCUGAACCCAAAUCAGCCCAGACACCGACACACACGGCCCGUCCCCUCCAACCUCUUCACCCUCAACGACCAGCACGACUGCUCACACGUCCAUCAGUGGCUCAUGGACAACUUCGUGGAACUGACAGGUGAUGCUGUGCUAUAUGGAAACACCAUAGACGUGUUUACCUGCGUGGAGACGCUUAUGUGUUUUGGUGUCAGCGGCCGCCAGAUUCAUGUGGUCCAUCCUCCCGAAGACAACCCAACUUCCUGUUUCCCCAACGGUUCAGUGGAGCACGCAGUGAAACAGGCUCUAGAAAAAGAGGAGGUUCACGUGCAUCACGACUGCCUGCUGACUCAAAUCAAUGAUGGACGACACACUGAUCCUGUGACUUCAGUGACCUUCACCACUGACACUCAGACUCUACAACUGGAGUGUGCGGUGUUCUUCAGCUUCUCUCAUAAAACCGUCGACUACGAUGCCUUCAAGGCCAUCAGUGAUGCCUGUUUGGUGUUCGAUGGGCGUUUGGUCAUAGAUUCCAGCUUCCACACCAACGACCCCUCUAUAUACGCCGCAGGCCCCUUGACCAAAUACUCCCGCCGUUACCAUGCCGACCAGUGGAGCGACUCCUGCUUUAAUUGUAAGGAGGUGGGGCAGAGUUUGGCAUCUGUUGUCCUGCCCUUAUGUGACCCAACCCUGGAGCGUCCCGCCAGCCCACCGUCUGACCACGACCACCUCAUUCCAACGUAUAAUCAGGCCAAGAUCCAAGGGGGACGGUUACCAGGUGGCUACAAUUACCUCCAUGUCACAAAACCCACUGCCAUCGGCAACAAAAUAGUGGCUCAGAAGUGUCGUGACAUCGUGACGGGCCGCACUGAAACAGGGAACUACUUCCAUCUGCAUCUCAGCUCGCAUGAUGUGGUGGAGAGUAUCACGUGCCUCUCUCAGAACACACUUCCCGUCUCCGACCUCCUGUGUCUCUACAGGAAACACCAGCUGCUGCUGAAUCAUCUCUGCUCACGCUACGACGAGGGUUUGGUCCAUGACAUGUACAGUUAUUUUAGAGAGAAUUGGUGCUUGGCUCUUUACCACGACCGCUUCGCUGACUUUGAACAGGAAGUCCGGCAAAUCAUGGACUCAGCUAAACUAGAGGGUGAGAAUGGUUCAGUGUCGAUUCAAGAGGCUCUUCAGAAGAUAGUGGACGAUAAAGCAGAGUCCGAUCAGUCGAUGAGCCUCAGCGAGGUGUUUCAGAAAAGCGAGGCUUAUUCUGCUCUGAGGAAGAGUGUUCUGGAUUAUCUGAAGUACAACAGAUACCAUCUGACUAUGUACGCCCGGCCGGGACUGCUGUAAUCAAUUUCCAUUUAAUAUUUACAAGUAUUUAUUCAGUACUUUAUCUCUGGUUUCUUUAUUUCCUACAUUCGCUGCACCAUAUGUUUGGGGGGAAACACAUUGUGGGGGUUGGAGCUCAAAGAACUUCAGCAAAUAAUAACGCUUGUUUUUGUCAAAUGCAAAUGUUUGGUGUGUAUUGGGUGGCAAUUCAUUAAAAUAUCUGUCUUUGCUCUUUUGAAAUCUUGAAUGUAUGUGCUGUCCAGUAUUAUAUUAUGUGGAGCUGUGAACGCAGCGGCCCC